AUGAAUUUACCAUUUUUCAUAGUUGAUGAUACCAGAGUCAAACUAGAACCACUAGCAGAUGAUCCUAAUUCAGAUUAUAUCAACGCCUGUUAUAUUACUAUUAUAUCAAUGCCUGUUAUAUUACUAUUAUAUCAAUAUCUGUUAUAUUACUUUUUAACUGAUAAUGAUCCUAAUUCAGAUUAUAAUAAUAUCUGUUAUAUUACUAUUAUAUUAAUAUCUGUUAUAGUUUUAACUGAUAAUGAUCUUAAUUCAAAUUAUAUCAAUAUCUGUUAUAUUACUAAAUAUGAUCAGACUUCGAAGUAUAUCGCAUCCCAAGGACCGAUUGGAGUUAAUAUGGAAGAGUUUAUAAGAAUGAUAUGGGAUGUUGAUGCUAGUAAAAUAGUUAUGUUAACAAAUCUGUUUGAAAACGCCAUCGAGAAAUGUAAGCAGUAUUGGCCAGAUAUUGGUAAAACACAACAAUUUGGUCAAAUUAACAUGAAACUGAUAAAGGAAGAGGUUUAUGCCCAUUUCACAAUAAGAGAAAUACAAAUAACCAAGGUACAAUAUUUCAGUGGUUGA